CUUUUUAAAAAAAAACUAUUUUAAAAAUGUCUAAACUCUUUGUCGGCGGUCUCUCUUGGAACACUACAGAUGAUUCUCUCUAUGAUCACUUCUCCAAGUAUGGUCAAGUCACCGAAGCCAAUGUUAUCAAGGAUCGUGAAACUGGUCGCUCUCGUGGUUUCGGCUUCGUUAACUUCAGCACCCCUGAAGAGGCUAGCGCUGCUGCUGAGGCCUGUAACGGUACUGAAUUCGAUGGUCGUUCUAUCAAGGUAGAUGUUGCUGCUGAGCGUACUGAACGUCCCGCUGGUGGACGUGGUGGUUACAACGGUGGUGGAGGUGGUGGUUACCGUAACAACGACAACUAUUAAGUUGUUUCUGGUUGCCCCAUACUAAAAAAAAAAAGCACACACACACACACACAAAAAGGAAUCUAUCUGCUGUAUUAAAAAAACCUAUUUUCAUAUAUAAAUAAAUCGCAUUCUCUCUCACUGUAAAA